GAGUCUCCUGGGAGCAUGGUCCACCCCAGAGACCCGUUGCUGAGGCGAACUUGGCUGCUGUGUCCUCCCACUCAGGACUCGGCUUUGACAGGCACGAGGCAGGGACUGGGGUACUGGUGAGCCCCUACCUCUCAGAUCUUUCAGGACCUGGGCAGGACCUGUAGUUUCCCAGGGGAGACCCGGCCCGGGAGUAAGGGUGAGGUGGAACCUGACCUUUCCCAUUCACAGCUGCAGGUCCUGGUGUCUUCGGCGGGCGCGGCUUGGAUUUCAAACUGGAGGGGUUCAGGAGGGGGCACAAGCAUGGAGCAACAUUGGGGUCUACUUCGAAGAGUGCAACAGUGGUCCCCAAGACCCUCUCAGACUAUCUACAGACGUGUGGAAGACCCUCAGCUGGAGCACCUGGAGGAGCAAGAGAGGGGGGAAGAGGAGGGGCUUCCUGUCCAGUUCUGCCACAUGGAACUCAAAGGCCCUGAGCACUUAGGCUCCUGUGCCGGGAGGUCAAUUCCCAUACCCUGGGCUGCAGCAGGUCAAAAGGCUGCCCCCUAUCUGGUCCUGACCACCUUGCUAAUCUUCACUGGGGCCUUCCUCCUGGGCUACGUGGCCUUUCGAGGGUCCUGCCAGGCAUGUGGGGACUCCGUGUUGGUGGUCAGUGAAGAUGUCAACUCUGAGGACUCCCGCCAGGGCACAUUGUACUUGAGUGACCUCCAGGCCAUGUUUCUUCGGUUCCUUGGGGAGGGGCGCAUGGAGGACACCAUCAGGCUGACCAGCCUCCGGGAACGCGUGGCUGGCUCAGCUAGGAUGGCCACCCUGGUCCAAGACAUCCUCGAUAAGCUCUCGCGUCAGAAGCUGGACCACGUGUGGACUGACACGCACUAUGUGGGACUUCAGUUCCCGGACCUGGCUCACCCUAACACCCUGCACUGGGUGGAUGCAGACGGGAGCGUCCAGGAGCAGCUACCACUGGAGGAUCCGGAAGUCUACUGCCCCUAUAGCUCCACGGGCAACGCCACGGGCAAGCUGGUGUACGCCCACUACGGGCGGCCGGAGGACCUGCAGGACCUGAAAGCCAAGGGCGUGGAGCUGGCCGGCAGCCUCCUGCUAGUGCGAGCUGGGGUUACUAGCUUCGCCCAGAAGGUAGCCAUUGCCCAGGUCUUUGGGGCCCAAGGAGUGUUGAUAUACCCUGACCCAGAAGACUUCUCCCAGGACCCCCACAAGCCCGGCCUGUCUAGCCACCAGGCUGUGUAUGGACAUGUGCACCUGGGAACCGGAGACCCUUACACGCCUGGCUUCCCGUCCUUCAAUCAAACCCAAUUCCCUCCUGUCGAAUCAUCAGGCCUUCCCAGCAUCCCUGCCCAGCCCAUCAGUGCUGACAUUGCUUAUCAAUUGCUCAGGAAACUCACAGGCCCUGUGGCUCCCCAGGAGUGGAAAGGUCACCUCUCAGGCUCUCCUUAUCGGCUGGGACCUGGGCCCAGCUUACGCCUCGCAGUCAACAACCUCAGAGUCUCCACUCCUAUCAGUAACAUCUUUGCGUGCAUCGAGGGCUUCGCAGAGCCAGAUCACUAUGUUGUUAUUGGGGCCCAGAGGGAUGCAUGGGGCCCAGGAACAGCCAAGUCUGCAGUGGGGACUGCCAUCCUGCUGGAGCUGGUUCGGACCUUUUCCUCCAUGGUCAGCAACGGGUUCAGACCUCGAAGAAGUCUUUUGUUCAUCAGCUGGGACGGAGGUGACUUUGGCGGCGUGGGAUCCACAGAGUGGUUAGAGGGCUACCUCAGCGUGCUACACCUCAAAGCUGUCGUGUACGUGAGCCUGGACAAGGCCGUGUUGGGAGAUGGCAAAUUCCAUGCCAAGACCAGCCCCCUUCUCGUCAGUCUCAUUGAGAAUAUCCUGAAGCAGGUGGAUUCCCCUAACCACAGCGGACAGACGCUCUAUGAACAAGUGGCACUCACCCACCCCAGCUGGGACGCUGAAGUGAUUCAGCCCCUGCCCAUGGACAGCAGUGCAUAUUCCUUCACAGCCUUUGCGGGGGUCCCAGCUGUGGAGUUCUCCUUCAUGGAGGAUGAUCGGGUGUACCCAUUCCUGCACACAAAGGAGGACACCUAUGAGAACCUGCACAAGAUACUGCGAGGUCGCCUGCCCGCCGUGGUCCAGGCAGUGGCUCAGCUCACGGGCCAGCUCGUCAUCCGACUGAGCCACGAUCAUCUACUGCCGCUGGACUUCGGCCGCUAUGGAGACGUGGUCCUCAGGCACAUCGGCAACCUCAAUGAGUUCUCUGGGGACCUCAAGGCCCGCGGGCUGACCCUGCAGUGGGUGUACUCUGCAAGGGGGGACUACAUCCGGGCAGCGGAGAAGCUGCGGAAGGAGAUUUACAGCUCGGAGCAGAACGAUGAGCGUCUGAUGCGCAUGUACAAUGUGCGCAUCAUGAGGGUGGAGUUCUAUUUCCUGUCCCAGUACGUGUCGCCGGCCGACUCCCCAUUCCGCCACAUUUUCCUAGGACAAGGCGACCACACUUUGAGUGCCCUGGUGGAUCACCUGCGGAUGCUGCGCUCCCAUGGCUCGGGAGCCGCCUCUUCCCAGUUGACACCGGGUCUGGGCUUCCAGGAGAGUCGCUUCCGGCGGCAGCUGGCGCUGCUCACGUGGACGCUGCAGGGGGCAGCCAACGCACUCAGUGGGGACGUUUGGAACAUCGACAAUAACUUUUGAGGCCAGAAGCCCUCCAUAGGCCCCACGUGAUUCUCUUUCUCCCUAUUUGAGUGGUUCAGGCAAUGGCGGUGCCUGAGAUUGCAACCUAUCCUCAUUAACACCUUUGGUCCUGCAACACCGGGUGAGCGGUAUUUUCUCAGUGUGAUUGUCAUGCCGUUGCUUAUCCAGAAAGCGGUUUUCUUCCCAUCACUGGCCCUUCUGCCUUCAGGAGCAAAGUUCCCCGUAUCUAGAGACUAUCUAGACGCUGGGAUCUGACCAGCUCUCUUAGCCGGUGAGAUGGAUAUCGUCAUUAUCUUAUGACACAUGGUGGUAUGUGCCGCCCAAGGGGAUUAGAUGUCAAUAAACCAAUUGUAACCUCCGUUGUC